UGUUGGUACUGCGAGUGUCAUAAGUUUUGAAUUUAUAAAAACUAACCUAGUUUUAGUUUUAAUAAAUACGUAAAAAUUAAGAAUGAGUUCAGUUCAAGACAAAAAGAGUGCCCACCAGGGUGGUGGCGAUGCCAAAGAGAAAAAACGCAAAGAAUCUAUCUUAGAUCUAUCCAAAUAUUUAGAGAAAAGUAUUCGCGUAAAGUUUGCCGGCGGACGUGAAGCAGCCGGUAUUCUGAAAGGAUAUGAUCCAUUAUUGAAUUUGGUAUUGGAUAAUACUACUGAGUUUUUACGUGAUCCAGAUGAUCCCUAUAAAUUAGUUGAAGAUACACGACCCUUGGGAUUAGUUGUAUGCCGAGGAACAAGUGUUGUUUUGAUAUGUCCUGUUGAUGGUAUGGAGGCUAUACAAAAUCCUUUUAUUGCUCAAGAUGGUUAAUUUAUUAAGGGGUAGUUAUUUUCAUAGCUAAUUGCAUUAUAAUUGUUUUGUGUUUAAAACAUUGGUUUAACAAUGUAAUACUGAAUUAUUUUUUAUUUACAUUUAAUAAAUUAAAAAUUGCAUGA